AUGACACAGCCUCUCAGCGAUGACGCCCCGCCGACGGAACCGAUCCAGGCGCUCCCAGCCCCGGCCUCGGCCGCCGCCAUCAAGCUGCCCAGCAUGGCGCACUCGCUGACCGGCGACCCGCUCUCCAUGUCCGACUCGGAAACGACCAUUGCGUUCAGGCGGAACCACCCGUCGGCUGCGUCUCUGUAUGCGUCCACGCUGUCCCCGCCGGGAUCGAGGCCAAUGUCCCCCGCGGGGCACGGGUCGCCGUCACGAGUGCUCUCCUCUACCAUCUUCGGACCCCCCUCGGGCAGGUCGCUACCUGACGUCAACAUUGGCGAGAACCCCGGUGAUCCGGUCAACCUCAUGCUCAAGGCGUUUGUCCCCCAUGUCGCCAUCUACGCUUCCGAUGACGUGGAGGAGCUUGCCGCGAAGAAGGGUUUCCAGCAGGGCUUCUGGGAGCUCUUAAGACCGUUUGGUGAGCGAAUCCAGGGUAAGGUGUCGGUUCGGGAUAGCAACGGGGUGAGCAAGAUAGCGGAGGAGUUCUCCCUCCGAUUCACCAAGUUUGGUGAGAACGUGGACCAGCCGGGGACGAGGACAAGGACGCCCAGCUUGAUGCAGGGUGGCUUUGGUGACGGCAAGAACGGAGAGAAGCAGGGACCGGCCCUCACGCGGGAUCAAAAGGCACUGGUGGAUGUCGAGUCGGUUGUCAGCCGUCAUUUAUCAUUUGCCGAGGAGUCAUUUCUUAGCUCACCUUUUCACGCCGCUCUGUCCUCUACUCAAGGACUAGACACCGAGGCUACGUCUCCAUACUAUGCGCUCUAUUUACGGCGGCUUCUCUCAGCGAUGCCUAUUGCUCCGCAUGAGACCUUCACUCACCCCGUGGCUUGCAUUGUCGCUGUUACAGCCGGUUCGGAGGACUCGGUGGGAGAACUGCGUCGGAUAUACAACGAAACCAGCACAGGGCCCAAGAAGCUCCCUCCGUGGGUCGACGGUGACUACCUACGAUUUUAUGUGCUAGUUCACGACGAAGAAAAUGACGAUAUUACUCGGUCGAUGGCCCUCUAUGAGCAGAUGAGGCGGCAUUUUGGACAAGAUUGCCAUCUUCUGCGACUGCGUAGUAGUCAAAGUGCAGAGACGGACGACGAUAGCAUCCCGAUCCCGCGAAGCGACUGGAUGCCGGCAGAGGAAGAGCUGGCAGAAAUCCGCCGCAGCGAGAAUGAGGAAGACUUCGAAGACCCCUUACGAUAUAUAUUUGAAUCUGAUGCUACUGCCAUCAGGACAUUUGUUCGCGAGUUGGUCACGUUGUCCCUCUUGCCCAAAAUGGAGCGCAACGUCUCUAUCUGGAAUGACCAGGUCGCCUCACGUAGGAGGGGUCUGGCCGGUCGAUUUAUGAAUCUAUCCAGGAAGUGGGCCAGCUUUGGUGGCAACUCUCGGUCCUCGAUCAACGUAGGAGGCACCGACAAUUAUGAUAUGUCGGGAUUCUAUAGGGCGGAGGCGCCGGAGGCCAUCAUGAGGAAAUUGGCAGACUACGCGUUCAUGCUACGGGAUUGGAGGCUGGCAUACUCGACUUAUGACCUGUUGCGGGCGGACUUUGCCGAUGCAAAGGCCUGGAAAUACCAGGCUGCUGCGAAUGAGAUGGCGGCGCUCAGUCUCCUGAUGAUCCCGCACCAGCUCACAUCCAAAGCCAGAGCGGAAACCGUGGACCAGAUGCUAGAAUCUGCAGUGUAUUCAUACCACACGCGCUGCAGUUCGCCCUACGGCGCGAUACGAAGCUUGAUCCUCGGCAUCGAGCUUCUGAGAAUCAGGGGAGGAAACAACAUCGACGAUGCGGGCAGGUGGGGUACACGGCUGCUCGACCUGAAGAUUCUCGGCCCCAUCGGAGAAGCCUUGGCCAAGGAGCGUUUAGCAAUCGCGUAUUCUUGUAAAGAAGGUGUCGGCAGCUGGCACUGGGGGGCCCGCAGCCGCAAGUCUGCAAUGUGGAGUGCCCUCGCCGCGGAGGCAUGGGUCAAGCAGGCAAAGUAUAUCCCCGGGCAGCGAUGCAUAAACCACGCACGGAACAUCUACUCGGCGAAUCCCCCCAAGACGGGCAUAUCGGGAUAUACCGAGGCGAACCAGUUCGUCACCUCUCUUGCGCGCACCAUCGCGGAGCAGCUCGACCUUGUAGACGACGAUCUGGACGAUGCGAGUGACGAGGACCUGGAUGACGAAAUAGACGAGGAGAGCGAGGCUCUGACGGAUAUGAGACGGAGGCGGCCGAGCAAUGGCAGGCCACAGAGCGUUAUCGAGACGGCGCCUCUGCGGGACGACGGGACGGGAGAGAAUGGCAAGGCAGGGUUUUGA